GGGUCGCACGCAGUGACCUGGCUGACGCCGGCCUUGCAGCCCGUGGCCUUCACGUCCGGCUCGGAGGACGCCCACUUCCGUGUGCUGCCAGACGGGCGUCUGCGCCUGCGGGGGGCACGGCGGGCCGACGCAGGCACGUACACGUGCGUGGCGGGGCGGGGCCGGCGCGCCACCCUGCGCCUACACGUGCAGCUGCGGUCGCCGCGCAUCCGGGUCACACCUGACGUCCAUGAUGACGUGAACGAGGACAUUCGGGUCUCCCCCGUGGUGCGUAUGCGCGUGCGCUGCCAGGCGGAUGGCGUCCCCGAGCCCCGCCUGCUGUGGGAACUUCCGGGCGGGCUGGUACUUCCAGUCCCGUAUCGCAGUCACACGGGGGGAGGGAUCAGCGUGGAUGCGCGCGGGACGUUGGAAAUCCCGGAUGUGCGUGCGCUGCGCAGUGGUGGCAGCUACGCCGUGGCAUGCGUGGCGCGCAACCCGGCAGGAGAAGCCCGGAUGUGGGUGCGGCUGCCGCCAUGGUGGGCGCGGGCUCUGCCCCCUGCGGUGUCGGCUCUGCCCUCUGAGGCGUUGACUCCGCCCCCUGUUGCACCGGCUCCGCCCCAUCACGCACCUGCCCCGCCAUCUUGGGCGCUGACUCUGUCCACUGGUGCGCUGGCUCCGCCCUCUGAGGCAGCUCCGCCCCCUGGCCCGCCUGCCCCGCCAUCUUGGGCGCUGACUCCACCCCCUGACGCACCGACUCUGCUCUCUGAGGCGCUGACUCCGCCCCCUGGGACGGCGUCGGAGGUGGCGCUGCGUGUGGUGCUGGGCGGCAGCUUCCGGCUGCGCUGCCCCACCUCCACGCUUCCGGUGUCCUGGCGCCUGCCCGGCGGGCUGGUGCUGCGUGGGCCGCAGAGGCGAGGCCGCUUCACGCUGGGCGCCGACGGCAGCCUGGAGGUGCGCGCCGCCUCCGAGCGGGACCGCGGCGCCUACAUCUGCCAUGCCCACCCCGGGGCGCCGCCCGGACACGCCCCCCGCGCGCCGGAGACCAGGAUGUUCAGCUUCAUUCCCGCCACUAGGCCGCUGGGUGCCAUGGCAAGGCAACAGACUGAGGAGACCCGGAU